AUGGCUACGGGGAAGUACUUGGUGCCGCAUUUUGAGGGCAAGAACCGUGUCGAUGCCUUCAUCCGUUCCAACAAGACGUUGCUUGCGAAGACCACCUUCCUUUGGAUCACUUUCUACAUCUCCAACUACUCCUCCCCCGUAUUCACCCCGAACUUCAUCCCCACCUGCAACAAGUACGCUCAAUUUGCGAACUACUCCCCGGAGACGAUGACCCACACGAUUGGCGAUGUCCGCGCGAACAUCGGCCCAUUCGUGAAAGCCGUCAUAGAGCAGCCGGACUGGACCCGUAACGGUGCCAUUGUCAAGGCUGCGAUCGGAGAUACCACGGCUGGUGGGUUGCUGCAGACCUGGGCCAAAGUGAACAGGGUCGCCGCUGCUUUCGUCCAGACGGAUGACGACACCUUUCAUAACCUGUGGCCCGUGUCGGCGGAGGAGCUGGGUAUACUGAUGCGGUUUUGGGAUGAGGUUAAAGAGAGGAGCUGGACCGAUGACGGACCACCCCUACUAGACAAGAACGAUCUUGGAAUUGAUGUAAGCAGCCUUGUUGAGUUGGAAACGUCACUGAAUGGACUGGCGGUGUCACCGUCUUGAGCCGUCGCUACGACUUGGUUGUUUGGCCUUGCGGCCUGACUGUGAUGUAUGGUAGUUAAUGUGUCCCGUGUAAUAUACAAGACGUAAAUAUCUGCAGACUCGACUGUAGAGGUUUUCUCUUUAGCAGAUCAUGAACGUCAAAACUUCACUGAAUCCAAUUAAUUCUAACUGUCACAGGUGGUAUAGA